UUUCUAGGAGACUGGAGUCGAAGGCCGUGAGUCAGCCAUAAUGGCAGCUGAAGAAAUUAAUGAGGACUAUGCAGUAGAAAUUCACGAAUAUUUGUCAGCGUUUGGGAAUUCCAUUGAUGCUGUGGAUGAGAUGCUGAAGAACAUGAUGUCUGUUUCUAGAAAUGAGUUGUUGCAGAAGUUAGACCCACUUGAACAAGCAAAAGUGGAUUUGGUUUCUGCAUACACAUUAAAUUCAAUGUUUUGGGUUUAUCUGGCAACUCAAGGAGUGAAUCCUAAGGAACAUCCAGUAAAGCAGGAAUUGGAAAGAAUCAGAGUAUAUAUGAACAGAGUCAAGGAAAUGACAGACAAGAAAAAGGCAGGCAAGCUGGACAGAGGUGCAGCUUCAAGAUUUGUAAAAAAUGCCCUCUGGGAACCAAAACCGAAAAAUGCAUCAAAAGUUGCCAAUAAAGGAAAAAGUAAAAGUUAACUUUUUUUUUUUUAUGUACACAUAUUCAAAAAGUACAUCUUUUUUUUCCCC